GUCAUCGGUAUAGCGAAAUCUGAAUCCUUUCUCGCUAGCUGAAAAUGAAGUGGAAAUUGAUUUGUUUAUUCUUUGUUUUUGCUUAUACAACAGACCCUGAAGAACUCGAUCCAAACGCUUUUGAAGGUGAUAUGAUUUUGACACAAGAACAAAAAAUGGCGGCCAUUCAUGGCGAAGAUGUUGACAUGUCGAUGAAGCGAAAGGCCGUUAAGAAUAGGAGAUGGGCUGGUGGAGUACUAAUAUACGACAUUGAUCCAAAGCUUGCUCAAGAUACUACUGCAAUGAAAGCAAUCAAAGACGCCUUCAUGGAAUGGUCAUCAAAGACUUGUAUUACAUUUAAAAAGCGAACCAAUGAACGUGGAUAUGCUUAUUUUAAGCCAGGAGUUGGCUGUUCCUCAUAUGUCGGCUACACAGGAAGCAAGCAAUACAUUAAUUUAGCAAGAGGCUGCUGGAGUAGUGGUAUCGUUGCUCAUGAAAUUGGUCACGCUCUCGGUUUCUACCACGAACAGUCACGCCCAGACCGUGACAACUACGUCACUAUUCAGUUUGAGAAUAUCAUUGGAAAAAAUAAACACAACUUCCACAAGUACAGCCGAAGUACCAUCGAUUCGCUUGGUGUUCCGUACGACUAUGGAUCGAUUAUGCAUUAUGGAUCAAGAGCUUUUAGUAAAAAUGGUAGACCCACCAUCAUUUCUAAAAACUCUGGAGUAACGCUUGGACAGAGAAAAGGGCUUAGCGCCAUGGACAUUAAAAUGAUGAAAUUAUUGUACAAGGGAGAGUGCACCUGGACUGGUGGAACAGGAUCAGCAUCCUCAUGCAAAGACAAAGACCCGCGAUGUGGAAAAUGGGUCAGACACUGUACCUACAACAGAUAUGUYAUAGCAAAUUGCAAGAARACAUGCAAUCAGAUCUGUUGAGAAGCCAACAAUGACUCUGAAUACCAACCAACCGGUCGACUUAGCGGGGCGAACGAGAAACCUUUCAAAAGGCUGUAAAAACUGAAUAAAGACAUCUGGAAUAGAUCUGGAACUUUAAUAAACCGGCCUGUUUACCUAUUAAACGAUCGACUGGAUUAAGAAGUCUUAAAUAUAUCUCUGUAACCUUUAUUAAUAAACCUUUUUAUCAAUAAGCCCAYCACUUAA